AUGGCUCAUUCUAAGCAUAUAGACAAAUUUCUUGAUAGGCAUAGUGAUGAAACUAUUGCAAAUAACUGCUUAAGGUUGAAGACAUCUAUUGAUGCUAUUCGAUGGCUUGCAUUUCAAGCAUGUGCAUUUAGAGGCGACGAUGAAAGUCCUGGAUCUUUGAAUAGGGGAAAUUUUAUUGAGUUAAUUAAGCUUUUAGCUUCAUGUAAUCAGAAUGUUAAUAAUGUUGUCCUUGAAAAUGCUCCUGAAAAUGCUCAAUAUAUAUCUCCCGGUGUUCAAAAAGAUAUAUUGCAUAUCUUUGCUAGAAAAGUGCGUGCAACAAUUCGAGAAGAAAUUGAAAUUUCAUCAGUUCUUUCUCGUCUUAAUCUUGAUGUUCAAAAUCUUAGGGGACAAAGGUAUGAUGGAGCUACCAAAGAAGUUUGUUAUGUUCAUCAAUUCUUUUCAAAACUUACCCUAAUUAUAAAUGUUGUGACUGUUUCUCCUAAACGUCAUGAUGAGUUAAGGGUUGCUCAAGCAAAUAAUGUUGCAAACUUAAUUGUGACAGGUAGUGGACUUAAUCAAAUUGGUACUUUGCAAAGAGCUGGAGAUACUAGAUGGGGGUCUCAUUUGAAUUCUGUACAUAGCUUGCUAUGCAUGUUUGAUGCUACUUGUGAAGUUCUUGAAAAAAGCAGUAAAGAAGGUAAUUUCUCCACUCGUGGUGAUGCUAGUGUUGAUUAUGAUGCUAUCACAUCCUUUGAAUUUGUCUUUGUUUUGCAUUUGAUGAGAAAUAUUUUGGAAGUUAGUCAUUAUCUUUGUCAAGCUUUACAACGAAAAAAUCAAGACAUAUUGAAUGUUUUAACUCUGGUUUCUACUACCAAGACUUUAAUCCAACGAAUGAGAGAAUCAAGUUGGGAAGCUUUCAUAAAAGAAGUUAUAUUAUUUUGUGAGAAACAUGAAGUUGAAGUUCCUGAUAUGAAUGCAAUGCGUAUUCCUAGAAGCGGCCGAACUCGCAAAAUUGUUGACCAAAUUUCAGUGGAGCAUCAUUACCAUGUUAAUUUAUUUCUGGCUAUAAUUGAUACACAGUUGCAAGAGAUUAAUGGAAGACUCAAUGAUAAUAUGGUGGAAUUGCUUACUUUAAGUUCAACUUUAGAUCCCAGAGAAAAUUAUAAGCUCUUCAGUGUCAAAAGAGUAUGUGAAUUAGUAGAACGGUUUUAUCCAGGCGACUUCAGUGACCAAGAGAAAAUUCACAUUAGAAUGCAAGCUCAACAUUAUGAACUUGAUGUUCCUAAUCAUGUUGAGUUAACUAACUUGUGCACAAUUUCGAAGUUAUGUCAAGAAUUAACGAAGACAGGAAAGUCUUUAACAUAUCCUUUGAUUGAUCGUUUGAUUCGCUUGGUAUUAACUCUCCCUGUUUCAACUGCUACAAUUGAUAGAUCUUUUUUAGCUAUGAAUAUUGUGAAGAAUAGACUCAGAAACAAAAUGGAAGAUGAAUUUCUUGCUAAUUAA